AUGGCGGAGGCGAGCGUGCCAGAGGACGAGCUGGUGUCCACACUGAAGCAGCUGGUCUCGGAGAAGCUGAACGUCCCCGUGCGCCAGCAGCGGCUGCUGUUCAAGGGCAAGGCCCUGGCAGAUGGGAAACGACUAUCGGAUUACAGCAUUGGGCCCAAUUCCAAGCUCAACCUAGUGGUCAAACCUUUGGAGAAGGUGUUACUUGAAGAAGGCACUGCCCGGAAACUUGCCAACUCCCCACCCCCACCUGUCUGGCAGCUGAUCUCUAAAGUCUUGGCUCGCCACUUCAGUGCGGCAGAUGCCAGUAGGGUCCUGGAACAACUGCAGAGGGAUUACGAGAGGUCUCUGAGCCGCCUGACGCUGGACGACAUCGAACGCUUGGCCAGCCGCUUCCUGCACCCUGAAGUGACUGAGGCUGUGGAGAAAGGGUUCUCCAAAUAGCAUUCUCCUCCUCUGGAGGAGCCCAAGGCCAGGCCGCAGCUGCAUGUUGCAUUAAAUGUGUUCUUGUGUUGCAGUUUGGCUCAUACUACUAAUAAUAGCUGGGGUGUACCUGCCUCUUGCUAGGUGCCAAGCACCACUCAGCACUUAACCUGGGUUUGCUCCCACACCCUGCAGAAGAGGUGGGACAGCACAGCGAAGGCACCUAGCACUCAAGUGGGGGAACCAGAAUCUGAGUCCAGCCAGCUUCUAGAAGUGCCUCAGUGUGAGAAGGAGAAAGGGGCUGUUUGGAGGGAUGGGCUUUAGCAUUUCAUGUUUAGCCCACUGAGAAUAAACUCUCAAGUGACUCCCUGCCAAGCUGAAAAGGGAAGCAACUGGCCCCUGCUGUCCAGUCCUGUCACCUGACCUCUGGCGGAUCCGGCAUAGCCUUCAGCUAACCUCCACAUGAGGCCAAGUGACAGCCAUCCCUAUGUCUCCUCAGCUGCUGCAGCCAGUGUGCACUCAAGGAAGAAAAAGCAGGUUGGGGGCUGAGGAGUCAGAAAGUCACCCCAGCUCUGUGGUGUGACAUUGGGCAAGUCCCUGUGCCACCUUGAUCCCCCAACCAUUGACUGUACAGUGAGAGCCACAACUCUGACCUGAGUCAAUCUCCUUCACCCUUACCCCAGCUUAGGGUAGGGAAGCUCUGCAGGGAUCCUCUCCCUUGUGUUCAGUAAACAAACUGAAGCCAGAAGUGAAGAGAUGGCCAACCGUGGCCCACAGAUGUGGUGUCCUGGCCCUUGGUGACACAGCUCUUCUCUGGAGCACCCUGUCUGCUUGUCUCCUCCUGGAAGCAGGUGGUUCUCACCAUUAGGACUAACACGUGACUGAGCAAGGCAGUAUCAGAGCUGGGACUUGGCUUAGGCCUCUGCACCUGGACGCUUCCCGGGCCGCCUGCGUACAGGGCAUUUCACUUUGUCCACUUCUCGUUGCCUGAGAGGAAACUUCAUGGUGCCAGGGAGGGGGCAGAGGUGUGAGCUGGGUGGCACUGGUUCCUCCAAAACCCUGCCUGUGCAUGAACGCCAGAGGUCAUCUAUGCUCCUGCCCCUUGGAGGAGGGCCCAGCUCCAUCCCUCUCAAGGGAGCCGUUCUUAGUGUGAUCAGGGCUGCACCUGCUUUCCCCGCCCAAGGCCCUGCUGCCUGGGUCUUGUGGGGUGAACACUGGGUCCCCGGGCUGGAAAGAUGGACAGAGGCCCGAUGGGUGAAGGCUCUGAAGAGCAGACGACAGCUCCUGGCCCUCCCUGAAAGCUGGGGGUAUCACACAUCAGGGGCCCACUUAGUGGCAUGUGUGGUCUGGCAGCUCAGAUGACAAACUUACCAAUGCUGUCGUUUGAGUCAGGAAAUUUAUUUUGAAAAAUUGACACUAAAGGUGGAUGUGAGACUUUUAUCCAAAAGGAACUAUAUUAGCUGGGCUGUUUUUGGUUUCCAGUAUUUGGUUUAACAAUAAAAGGAAUUGGUUGAAUCAAUAAAGGAAACUUCUUGGCUUAUGAAACGGAAAAGUCCAGGGGUAUUGGCAGCAGAUAAAUAAUUUCACCAGAUACCCAGUCUCUUCUUGCCCCCCUCUACAUUCUCCAGUAUCUGCUUCAUCUCAGGCCACCACCUCCAAGGAUCUGGCUGCCUGCAGCUUCUAUGGAAUCCCUCUUCACUGCCAGGGAGGAGCACCUUCUCUCUCUCUGUAAUGUAGCUUUUGUCUCAGAUGCCCCCAGCAAAUAAAUGCCGUUGUUUCCUUGAUCAGAA